GCCCCACUGAACUUUACACAGGAGACCGUGGUUUAAACAUCUGACCAUGCCAAAAUGUUCUACUGAGCAUUCUUCACAUUACCAUGACAGUCUUAUUAGGCAAGUGCCCAUUGUAUUUCUCAACCUUUUUUUCAGUCAAGGCACCUUUAAAAUUAUGGACAGCCCCGAGGCAUCCUUUAAAAUUAUGGACCGUCACGAGGCAUCCUUUAAAAUUAUGGACAGUCCCGAGGCAUCCUUUAAAAUUAUGGACCGUCACGAGGCAUCCUUUAAAAUUAUGGACAGUCCCGAGGCAUCCUUUAAAAUUAUGGACAGUCCCGAGGCACCCUUUAAAACUAUGGACCAUCCCGAGGCACCCUUUAAAAUUAUGGAUCAUCCCGAGGCAUCCUUUAAAAUUAUGGACAGUCCCGAGGCAUCCUUUAAAAUUAUGACCGUCCUGAGGCACCCUUUAAAACUAUGGACCAUCCCGAGGCACCCUUUAAAAUUAUGGAUCAUCCUGAGGCACCCUUUAAAAUUAUGGACAGUCCUGAGUCAUUCUUUAAAA